AUAACAGAAGAUUUCCUGGCAACGUAUCAUGCCAACUAUGGCUUCCACGCAGAUGAUACAGACAGUUCAUCUGCUUCUGGCACAGCAACUGAAAGUAAGCAACCAGUAAGUUCUAAGACAUCAGGAACGCAACCAUCAGCAAAUGAGAAAGGACCAGGACAAACAGAUCCUAAACAAAAAACAGAAAAAAGGAAGCUUGAGCCAGGAUGGUUUCAUGUUGAAGAAGACAGAAACACAAAUGUUUAUGUGACUGGUUUACCUCCAGACAUUACAAAAGAUGAAUUUAUACAAGUCAUGUCAAAAUGCGGUAUCAUUAUGCGAGAUCCCCAGACAGAAGAACACAAAAUCAAACUUUACAAAGAUAAGGAAGGAAAUCUUAAAGGAGACGGCCUCUGUUGCUAUCUAAAGAGAGAAUCAGUUCAACUUGCAUUGAGACUUCUGGAUGAGGCAGAAAUUAGAGGCUAUAAAUUGCAUGUUGAAGUUGCAAAGUUUCAGCUGAAGGGGGAGUAUGAUGCAAGCAAAAAGAAGAAGAAAUGUAAAGACUACAAGAAGAAGUUGUCUCAACAGCAGAA